AUGCAGAGGACCCUGCUGCUCGUUGGAUCUUUCAUUCUCCUCCUUGUCUGUCAGAAAAUAAUCGGCUUUUUCAGAGCAGUCAAAUCCAUCGGCAAUCACCCUGGACAUCGUCUCCUCUUCUCUCCUGCAAAUAUCCUCGGUUCAUUCUUGCCAAGGACCAAAUAUGUAUCGCUGGGCCAAAACCACACAUUUGUGAGCAAGCAUACUGCAUUCGAAGCUGCUGGUUGUGAUAUCCACUCGUCUGUUAGCAUCAUUCCCAACGUCAGGACAAUGCUUGUGCUUGCAGAUCCUGCAGCAAUCAAGGAAGUCACCUCUUCACGGGCUCGCUUCCCGAAACCAGUUCAUUUCUACAAGGCCCUCUCCUUCUACGGGCACAACAUUGUCGCCUCCGAAGGAGAAGAAUGGAAGAAAUACAGGAAGAUUUCCUCACCUGCUUUUUCGGACCGGAAUAACAAAUUGGUUUGGGAUGAGAGUGUUAAAAUUAUGGAAGGACUGUUCACGGAAGUCUGGGGAGAUAAGGACACCAUUACAAUUGAUCACUGCGUGGACAUCACUUUGCCGAUUGCUCUCUUCGUAAUUGGCGUCGCUGGUUUUGGCAGAAACGUCUCAUGGAAAGAAGAUGUCGUGAUUCCUCCGGGUCACCAGAUGACCUUCAAAGACGCGCUUCACGUCGUCACGACCGACUUCUUCGUGAAGCUGAUUGUACCAGAUUGGGCUAUGCACUUCACCGCACGCUUGCGCCGAGCCAAGCUAGCCUUCGACGAGUUGCAUCGUUACAUGGCUGAGAUGAUCCGCCUUCGCCAAAAUUCCGAGAAAGUUGAACGACACGACCUUUUCAGCAGCCUUCUGGAUGCAAACUCUGGCGACCUUGGCGGUCCGGCGUUGACUGAGGAUGAGCUUAUCAGUAAUAUUUACAUCUUCCUGGUCGCUGGGCACGAAACAACAGCGCAUACGCUCUGCUUUACCUUUGGCUUGCUGGCGCUAUACCAAGAAGAACAAGAGAAGCUUUAUCGGCACAUAAAGUCUACUAUACCAUCUGACCGGCUUCCAACAUAUGAAGAGAUGCCUCUCCUCACCUAUUCCAUGGCGGUGUUCUACGAGACUUUGCGACUAUUCCCCCCGGUCGCAGCCGUGCCCAAAUUUUCUGCUGAGGACACUACUCUCACAACUACGGAUUCGGAAGGUGUGAAGAUUACUGUGCCGGUGCCAAAGGGAACAGAGAUUACCAUUGCCGUGCCGGGUCUUCAUUAUAACCCACGCUACUGGGAAGAUCCACACACUUUCAAACCUGAGCGUUUCCUUAAAGACUGGCCCCGUGAUGCUUUUGUCCCCUUUAGUGCUGGUGCUCGAGCCUGCAUCGGCAGGAAGUUCUUCGAAACCGAGGGGAUUGCCAUUUUAACCAUGCUCGUUUCAUGCUAUAAAAUCACUGUCAAGGAAGAACCCCAAUUCGCGGGAGAAACAUUUGAAGAACGCAAGGCGCGGGUUCUUGCCAACCGCGCGGGUCUAACGGUCACAGACCUACCAGGCUACCGCGUCCUUUUCACGCAAUACAGCCUCGUUGCCAAUUUAUUUCCACCGAUUCCCGGGAUCAGUCCAGGCAGCAACCACUUCUUCACCGACAAAUACACCACAUUCGAGCGGACGGGAUGGGAUAUUAGCACAGUAGUUGCGGUGCUUCCACAUGCUGAAGCUACCGUGGUACUGGCAGACGCUGAAGCAAUCAAGGAAGUUACUUCCUCCAGAGCACGGUUCCCCAAGCCUGUCGAGAUGUACGAAGUGCUAUCUCUAUUCGGCCGAAAUAUAGUCGCAUCCGAGGGAGAGGAAUGGAAAAAGUACCGGAAAAUAUCUGCUCCUGCAUUUUCUGAUCGCAACAACAAGCUCGUUUGGGACGAGGCUGUUCGGAUCAUGGUUGGUCUCUUCGACGAAGUUUGGAUGAAUGCGAAAACGAUCUCGGUAGAUCACUGUGUGGAAACAACCUUGCCUAUCGCACUGUUCGUUAUUGGCGUCGCAGGUUUUGGAAGGAGGAUAUCUUGGCAAGAUGACGUAGUAAUUCCUUUCGGGCACGAAAUGUCGUUUAAGGAUGCCUUGCACAUUGUUUCCACCGAUAUAUUUAUCAAGAUGAUUACGCCUGAAAAAGUAUUGGGUCUCACCACAAAGCUCCGGAGGAUCAGACAUGCAUUCGAGGAACUGGAGAUGUAUAUGGUUGAAAUGAUCAGAGAACGUCAAACAUCAGAGAAGGUUGAGAGGCACGAUCUAUUCACUAGCUUACUGGAAGCCAACGCCAAUGAUUUGGACAUCACUAGCCUUACUGAAAGCGAACUCACUGGGAACAUCUUUAUCUUCCUUCUUGCCGGACACGAGACAACUGCCCACACGCUUUGCUUCACCUUCGCUCUGCUUGCCUUCCAUGAAGAGGAACAAGAGGCAUUGUACCAACAUAUCAAGUCGGUGUUACCUGAUGGACACAUCCCGACGUAUGAGGAAAUGCCCUUGCUGACGCACUCCAUGGCUACAUUUUACGAGACGUUGAGAAUGUUUCCUCCGGUGGUUAAUGUCCCAAAAUAUAGUGCCGAGGACACGACACUAGUGGCUGGGAAUCAAAACGGCGAGAAGUUAACAGUGCCUGUCCCGAAAGGUGCUAAGAUUGCAAUCAACACUCCAGGCCUUCAUUACAAUCCCCGAUAUUGGGAGGACCCUCAUACUUUCAAACCAUCCCGCUUUUUGAAGGAUUGGAACAAGGACGCAUUUUUACCGUUCAGUGCCGGAGCUCGAGCUUGCCUCGGUAGGAAAUUUUUCGAGACGGAAGGCGUAGCCGUCUUGACUAUGUUGGUCUCUCGCUACAAGAUCUCGAUCAAAGUUGACCCGAAUUUCGCUCACGAGACACUCGAGCGGUGCAGGGAGCGGGUGUUGGCCACCCGAAAUGGGCUUACUUUGACGCCUGUGCAAGUUCCUUUGAGUUUCACCCGACGGGACUAG